UUGUCCACUAGGACUCCGAGAUCCCUCUUGCAGUUACUACAAUUGAGCAAGGUACCACCUAUACCGUACCUGUACAUUUGGUUUUUCUUGCCUAAAUGUAAAGGCUUAUUUUUCUCUAUAGCGAAUUUCAUUUUGUUAGAUAGCACCCAAUGUUCACUUCUGUCAAGAUCCUUCUGUAUCUUAAGCCUAUCUUCUGGAGUGUUGGCUAUUCCUGCCUGCUUGGGGUCAUCUGCAAAUCUACCCCCUCAUCCCAAUGGGGCCAAGCAAGAACGCUUUUGCCAUUGGCAUGGAGGUGAGCUGGGUCCAAGCAACGGAGAUCAAUUCACCCAGUAUUUCUGUCAGCUUUAUGAUGUCACAUGGAAACAGCAUCCGUUCAACAAUGCUCAGGGUUCCAUUCCAGCCAGCCUCCCAGAGCUUCCAAGGCAGGAAACGGAUUAUCUCCUGAUGACCACACACCAUGGAACAGACACUAAAUGGCUGAAUGCAUACGUCAACCAUGUGACCAAACAUCUCAUCACCACGGCCUACAGCAUCAUGGAUGAUGCUGCUAUCCUUAAGAAAAGAGGCUACAUCAUGGGCGGGAAUUUAGGGGAAGGGUCCUAUGCCAAAGUGAAGUCGGCCUUCUCGGAACGGCUGAAGUUCGACGUAGCUAUCAAAAUCAUCGACCGGAAGAAAGCACCUCCGGAUUUCUUGGAAAGAUUUCUCCCGAGAGAGAUAGACAUCUUAGCCAAAGUCAACCACCAUUCCAUCAUCAAAACCUACGAGAUAUUCGAAACGUCCAACGGCAAAGUCUACAUUGUGAUGGAGCUCGGCGUUCAGGGCGACUUGUUAGAAUUCAUCAAGCUGAAAGGGGAGAUGCCCGAAGACAUCGCGCGCAAGAUGUUCCGUCAAUUGGGCACCGCUAUUAAAUACUGUCACGACAACGACAUCGUGCACCGAGAUUUGAAAUGCGAAAACCUUCUGCUAGACAAAGAUUACCACAUUAAGCUUUCGGACUUCGGCUUUGCCAAGCGCCUGGUUCGGGAUGAAGAUGGCAAAAUUAUUUACAGCAAAACUUUCUGCGGUUCUGCUGCUUACGCAGCCCCCGAGGUUUUGCAGGGCAUCCCGUAUGAGCCCAAAAUUUACGACAUGUGGAGUCUGGGCGUUAUCCUCUAUAUCAUGGUCUGCGGAUCGAUGCCUUACGACGAUUCGAACAUCCGGAAAAUGUUACGCUUGCAGAAGGAGCAUAGGGUGCAUUUCCCCAAGUCCAAAAACCUAACCAUUGAAUGCAAAGAUCUGAUUUAUCGCAUGCUUCAACCCGACGUGUCCCGACGCUUGCGCAUCGAAGAGGUUUUAAGUCACAUAUGGAUGCAGCCCGGCAAAAUCAGAGCUGUGUCGGCCACUUCGGUCGGGAAAAAUGGAGAGAGCUCGCGAAGUAUGGCUGAGCUAAAACCGGAGCACCGAUCAGAACGGGAGAAGAACCAGAAAAGUGAAUCCAAACAAACCCUGGUCUCCACCAUGGCUCCUCGGCUGGAAGCGGUCGAAGAAGUAGAGGAGGUCCCCGAAGGAGACAAGAACGACGAAGGAGUGGAGAAGAUUGCCGAGGAGUUUGAGAACAAUAUCUGACGUUGUUCCUUCAACAGAAGCCCUCGCCCCAAAGCUAGCGUGACCGUCGCGUAACAGGGAGUCCAGGUAACCAGCUGGAGAGCGUGGUGUGUGGAAUAAAGAUGAGAGCUAAGCAGAAGACGCGAUCUGAAACUAAAGAAUCAGCUUUCUGAAUCAGCACGUUAUUGUAGGCCAAAGGCCGUUUUAUUUAAUAUUUUUUAAACGGAUAAAACACUAGGCUCCAGCUGGCAACUACUGGUCAAUCUUACCCAUGCAUGGAGAAGGCAGGAAGACGGGGUUCACCUACUGGAAUGGGAGAACUCGCUGUGGCCAACACGCCAUAGAACAAUUCAAUAAUUCAAUUUAAAUUUUUUUUAAAAAAAAAAUAAAAUAAAAAAUGUUUUACAUUUUUGUCAUUUCACAUUUCAUUUUGUCCCUCCUUUGGCAUCCUUGCUCUAAAGCAGAGGUCUUCCAACUUGGCCCUUUUAUGACUUGUGAACUUCAAUUCCCAGAAUUCCUCAGCCAGCAAUGCUGGCUGAGGAAUUCUGGGAGUUGAAGUCCACGAGUCACAAAAGGGCCAAGUUGGAAGCUCUAAGGAUCCUAUUCCACCAAUUUCUUUGAUAUUAGUGUGACUCUUGUCCUCUGGCGUGUUGGCCUGAGAAGAAUGGUCCAUGGUGAGGUGUCUCGCGGCGAGUUGUCCUGGACCCUCAACCAUCUUCCCCCCCUCAAAAAAAAAUCCAGUCUAACAGCCGCUGAAAAAACUGGCCUAUGCUGGCUGUAAGUAGAAGCUGAGUGACCACUGGAAAGCUGGUCUACUACUCUUGUGUCACUUAGAAAAACUCCAGGUUGAGGAAAUGGAUGACCAACCCAUCCUGAUUCUCAAAGGAUGGAAAGCCUUAAGUAAGAUAAGGAAACAGCGGCAGUAGCUAAAAGGUUGUGAAGGUACUCCACAAAAGCCACCGACACUUGGCUUCAUCGUCCUGCUAGAACAGAGGCCCCCAACACCCGGUCCACAGACUGGUACCGGGCCGCGGCAUGCCGGUUCUAUAUUUAUAUUAUAUUUCAUGUUAUAUAUCUGUCCAAGCCCUGAUCAAAUCUACCUUCCCUUUCUGGCUGGCAAUUCACUUCUGCUUUCUUAUAACUACCGUAACCCACAAAAAGGCCUGCGGCAAGAUUUUUGCCCGUCAGAGCGAAACGCCACAAAUCAACCACUCAAAAACUAAAAUGUGGAGUGUAUUCCGUGCAGUGUCAAGUCACCCUCAUCCCUAGAAAAUCAGCCGCGUGCAAACUGAGUAUGUUAAGGUCUUUAGACCUAAGGUGUUUAUUUUCGGUCCUUCCACCAAAGAAGUUCAAUUUCUUAUUUGUAAGAUGCAGAUGUAAAAAGCUUCAAGGAGGAUAAACAGAUGCUUACAACAAAUUAUUCAAAGCCAAAGCAACUGAGUCUCCUUGAAUGACAAUGAUGGCUGAAAGGUUCCAGCUUGCCAUCUUUUUCACCGACUGUGCCACGAGCUUUUAAUGUCACGAAAAAAAUACAUUUUUCCCCCGUUUCCCCCACCCCACUGGAUUAAAUCAUAUCUUUGCUGCCCAAGUUUUCAGUUUCUCAGUUUGGCUUUGAAAUUUUUUUUUUUCAGAAACCUUGCCCAGCUCUUAAUACUUUUGUUUGUUUGGGCUGGACUGGACUGGGUCCAAAAUACAGGAGGCCACCGAUAAUCCUGCUCCAAGCGAGAUUGAGUUAGACCGGAUCGGCUUGAUCCCAACCCACGUUUUAGCGCCUGUAAGGUUUGGAAACCCAAGCUAUCCCAAGCUUUCGAUCCAUAAGCAAGCCUCUCAGGACCUCUGUGGGAGAAGAAUUUAAGGAAUCUUGUUGCAUUUUCUUUCUAUAAAGCAAAUUCUUUCUCGGCUCCCAGGCCAAGAAAAAUAUACCAUACCUUUGGUCAGUCUCUGAGCUGAGGAUCUGCUCCAAGAUUAAGCAGGCGCGGACACACAACAUCCUAUCUGGAUACUAGUUCGUUCUCUCUCUCUGUCCCCCCUAGUUUUCCACACCACAAUCCCAAUUCCUGCCAGAUCUGGAGGUGAAGCCUGCGUUUAAUCAAUUAAGAUUAAAAAGGCCAGCACCGUGCAAGCAGUUCUGGCGACCGUCUUCCUGUGCCAAGGUUUAACGAGAGGGGUUUUUCAACUCAAAAGCCUUACUUUCCGUCUGCUGCUUCUCGCCGGCUAGCCAGGAUGAGGUCAACCCAGGACAGGAACGAUCCUGUACCCCGCAGAAACUUCUCUCCUGGUGCUUUUGGUCGAUGGCGGGCGUUGUCUUCAGUAGCAUUGGCAUAUUGGGGCACUGCUGGGUUCUUCCCCCCCCCC